UGUAGCGGGGCCGCGGGAGCAAUGGGAACUGUCUAGGCAGCUGACAGUCCCAAAAAUGCAGGUUCUGGAAGUACCUGCAUUUCUGGGUCCUGCGACUUCCAGUUUUGGGGCGAAUCAAAGAGAGCGUCUCUUGGGAAACUUGGCAUUCCAGUGGUCACAGAACUUUCAGUUAUGUAACUUGCAAGUGGCUCUGCAAAACUACUAGAAAUUCUCUGCCCUUCAGCUGUCCCCAAGACUGGAAGAGGAUUGUUUCUGAAAGGACCCUAAGGACAUCCGAGGAGUGAGAAAAUGAAGGAAUUGCAGUGAAUAGUGUCAGAAAACAAGAGAGAUAGGCAAAACGAUCUUGUUGAGAACAGAAGCUCCAGGAGGGCAGGAAUGUUGUCUUUCAAACUGAUAUAUUCCCAGGGCCUUGUACCAGUAUCUGCACAAGGUUAGCACAGAGAAACAUACAUACCCUGAAAAGUGUGGGUGAGGCAUAAUAGCACUGCUGGACCUAAAGGCAGAUGGCUCUUCUUCAGGCUAAUAAAGAUCUCAUUUCCACAGGAAUAAAGGAAUUUAAUGCUUUGCUAAAUCAGCAGGUCUUCAGUGAACCUCUUGUCUCUGAAGAAGCCAUGGUGACUAUGGUGGAUGACUGGGUAAACUUGUACAUCAACUAUUACAGGCAGCAGGUGACAGGAGAGCAGGAAGAGCAGGACAGGGCUCUGGAGGAACUCCGGCAAGAGCUGAAGACCCUGUCUGUCCCUUUCCUGGACAAAUAUAGGGCAUUCCUGAAGUCCUUGUGAGCACCUGCAUCAUCCAGUGCUUUUCUCCUAGCCUGGAGGCUGAGGCCUGCAUUUCCAAGAAACCCUUAAUUCCUGCAUCUGUAUGCUUCAAGUCCUCAGGCUCUGCUCCUUCUUGGUGUUACUCUACCUUGACGCCUCAAUAAAGACCAACACUGGUUUGGCUGUC